GAGACAAUCAGAGAAACACAUGAGUAACUCUGAAGUCCGUGGAACACUUUGUGCAUGUCGGCCUAAAUAUGACGUGCAAGUUAUGGUUGCUAAUGGGGUAAAUGAACACUUGAAAGAGGAUUGCAAGUGCACAUCAGAAGUCUAUGGAUUCCGAAGAGGAAAAACCAAUUUUAACAAGAUGAAGCCUAUGGCCUUUCAGGAUCACAAAGAGGCAGAUUGUCCCGCAAAUUCAGUCGUUUGUAAGAAAUGCAAUGAGGACGGCAUUCCUAAAGCAAAGUUCUCACAGUUAUUUCCAAAUCAAUGUACAACCAUGAUGGAAUUGAAUGGAAAUCAGGGACAGCGUCCGUCUAAACGCUGUCCAACUAAGGCACACCUAGAAGGCAGCGAUAGUGAUGACGACGAAGAUAACCCUGACGAGGAUAAUGACGAUGACAACCAUGGUGACAAUGAUGAUGACCCUGAUGAUAAGGAUGAUAACAAUCGCGAUGACUAUGAAAAUGAUACUGAUGAUGAUGACGAUGAUGACUAUAAAGAUAAUAAUGAUGAUGAUGACGAUGAUGACUAUAAAGACGAUAAUGAUGAUGACAAUGAAGAUGAUAAUGAUGAUGAUGACGAUGACGAUGAUGACCAUGAAGGUGAUAAUGAUGAUAAUGAUGGUGAUGACAAUGAAGGUGAUAACGAUGGCAAUGAUGACGACCUGGAUCAAGUGAUUAAAGAUUUCCUCUCUAACACUGUUUACGUGCAACACGAACUGUAGGAGGCAAGAGAGGGAAGUCAUUGCGAAAACCUCCGCUAAGCCAGAGGAUUUGAUGAUCCUUCAAUAAACAUAAAC